GGAAGUCAUUCAGUCUCCUUUCACUCAGUCUGUUCCUGGCUACUCAGCUCAUAAGCCAGCCUUAAGAUGCCAGAACCUGUGAAGAAACCAGCUUCAGCUUUCAUCAAGAAGCCAAAGACAUCAGAUGUUGUAGCAGGAGGUGUUGCUGUAUUUGAAGCAGAGACAGAGAAGACAGGUGUCAAGGUGAAGUGGCAGCGAAAUGGUAUAGAAAUUACUGCAAGUGAGAAGUAUGUCAUCAAGUCAGAGGGGAACAAACACUCACUGACCAUUAACAAUGUCGGAAAAGACGAUGAUGUGACAUACGCUGUCAUUGCUGGAAGUUCCAAGGUCAAAUUUGAACUCAAAGUCAAAGAACCAGAAAAGAUAGAGGAGGUCCCUCCUACUGAAUCUACUCCUGAACCAACUGUCUCAAAUGCAUCUAUAGAUGCUGGAUCAGAACCUGGUAGCAAGAACCUGGUAGAUGCUGGUAGCAAGGUCUCAGAAGCUCUUCCUACAGAAGUCCAGCAAGAAGUGCCUGUGGAUCCAAUUGGUAUCUUUGUGAUGCGGCCACAGGAUGGAGAAGUGACAGUUGGUGGGAACAUUACAUUCACUGCCAAAGUGGCAGGUGAAAGCCUGCUGAAGAAGCCUUCAGUGAAAUGGUUCAAGGGAAAAUGGAUGGACCUGGGAAGCAAAGUGGGAAAACAUCUCCAGCUUCAUGAGAGUUAUGACCGAAAUAACAAGGUUUACAUCUUUGAAAUGCACAUUAUUGAAGCAAAAACAACUUAUGCAGGAGGAUAUAGAUGUGAAGCAUCUACUAAGGACAAGUUUGAUAGCUGUAAUUUUAGCCUUGUUGUCAAUGAGGCACCUGCAACAGCUGAUAUGGACUUCCGCUCAGCAUUCCGACGGGCGAGCAUGGUGGGAGGAGGGAGACGGAUGACUGGAGCCUUUGCCAGCGCGGACGGACAUGACGAAGGCAGAGAGUUGGAUUUUAGCGCCUUGCUGAGGAAGAGAAGUUUCUUGCGCUCGGUACAUCGAAAUGAGGCAAAAACUGAAGCACAGCCAGUUGAUGUCUGGGAAAUCCUCCGCAAUGCUCCUCCAUCAGAGUAUGAGAAAAUUGCUUUCCAAUAUGGCAUCACUGAUCUGCGAGGAAUGCUGAAACGCCUCAAACGCAUGAAGAAGGAGGAAAAGAAAAGCACAGCCUUUGUCAAGAGACUGGAUCCUGCCUACCAGACUGACAAAGGUCAGAAGAUCAAGUUAAUGGUGGAACUUGCGAACCCAGACGAUGAAGUGAAAUGGCUGAAAAAUGGGCAAGAGAUCCAAGUGAGCGGCAGCAAAUACAUCUUUGAGUCUCUUGGAAAUAAGAGGAUUCUGACCAUUAACCAUUGCUCACUAGCUGAUGAUGCAGCAUAUCAGUGUGUGGUUGGUGAGGAGAAGAGUUUCACAGAACUCUUUGUAAGAGAGCCUCCUAUCCUGAUUACUCAUUAUUUGGAAGACCAGGUGGUCAUGGUUGGUGAAAGAGUCGAGUUCGAAAUUGAAGUUACUGAAGAAGGGGCUGCUGUGAAGUGGGAGAAGGAUGGAGUGGAGCUUACCCGGGAAGAGGCAUUCAAAUAUCGGUUCAAAAAGGAUGGUAAAAAGCACUACCUCAUCGUUAAUGAAUCCACCAAGGAGGAUAAUGGGCACUACAAAGCAAAGACUAAUGGUGGAGAGUCUGUUGCUGAAUUGAUUGUGCAAGAGAAGAAGCUGGAAGUGUACCAAAGUAUUGCAGACAUGACAGUGAAGGCACGUGACCAGGCUGUGUUCAAGUGUGAGGUUUCUGAUGAGAACGUGAAAGGCAUCUGGCUGAAAAACGGGAAGGAGGUGAUUCCAAAUGAACGGAUUAAAAUCUCUCAUAUUGGCAGAAUCCAUAAACUAACCAUUGAUGAUGUAACCCCAGAAGACGAAGCUGAUUAUUCUUUUAUACCUGAAGGAUUUGCGUAUAAUCUCUCAGCCCAUCUUCGAUUUUUGGAGAUUAAGAUUGACUUUGUGCCUAGACAAGAACCCCCCAAAAUCCACCUAGAUUGCUUGGGCCAGACUCCCGACACCAUUAUUGUGGUGGCUGGAAACAAGUUGAGACUUGAUGUACCCAUAUCAGGAGAUCCAGUACCCACGGUGAUCUGGCAGAAAGUAAACAAGAACAAUGACAUAGUGCUAAUAAGUGACAAAUCCACAGAUCCUACAGGUACAUGUGGAGAUUUGGAUAACGACAACAAGGUCCUCUCUGAUUCUGAAGGUAGAGUCCGUGUAGAAAUGUAUGAAGACCAUUGUGUGUUCACCAUUGAAGGAGCUGAGAAGGAAGAUGAGGGAGUCUACAGAGUUACACUUAAGAAUCCAGCAGGGGAAGAUACAGCUGAUAUCACUGUCAAAGUCAUCGAUGUACCUGACCCACCUGAGGCUCCCAGAAUCACCAAUGUUGGUGAAGAUAACUGCACAGUGCUGUGGCAGCCUCCUAAGUAUGAUGGAGGACAGCCAGUACUGGGCUACAUCUUAGAGAGGAAGAAGAAAAAGAGCUAUAGGUGGAUGAGGCUGAACUUUGACCUUCUAAAGGACAUGUCAUAUGAAGCAAAAAGAAUGAUUGAAGGAGUUAUGUAUGAGAUGAGAAUUUACGCUGUUAACUCUGUUGGUAUGUCCCGGCCUAGUCCUGCCUCACAGCCCUUCAUGCCAAUUGCUCCUCCAAGUGAACCAACACAUUUUUCAAUAGAAGAGGUUUCUGACACUUCUGUUACUUUGAAGUGGAGACCCCCUGAACGAAUUGGAGCAGGUGGACUGGAUGGCUACAACAUUGAGUACUGCAAAGAAGGAUCUACAGAAUGGAUUCCAGCACUUCAUGGUCUGAUUGAGCGUACUUCUGUCCUGGUUAAAGAUUUGGUCACAGGAGACAAGCUUCAUUUUCGCAUCACUGCUGUAAAUCUUGCAGGUGCAAGUCUACCAGCAAUUACAAAAGAGGCAAUUACUGUCCGAGAGAUCUUGCAGCGUCCCAAAAUCUGGCUGCCACGCAAUCUCAGACAGAUUCUAAUGAAGAAAGUGGGUGACACAAUCAAUAUUGUAGUUCCUUUCCAGGGUAAACCUAGACCUAAAGUUAUCUGGACAAAGGAUGGUCAGCCAAUAGACUCCAAGGAGGUUGGAAUUCGAAACAGCAACAAAGACACCAUCCUAUUUAUCCGAAAGGCUGAGCGCCACCAUUCUGGAAUAUAUGAAGUAGAGGUGCAAAUAGAAAACAUGAUAGAUAAGGUCACUAUUACCAUACAGAUCAUGGACAAGCCUGGCCCUCCUCAGAAUGUAAAGAUUGUGGAUGUAUGGGGAUUCAACGUUGCAUUGGAAUGGAAGCCACCCCAAGAUGAUGGCAAUGCUCUAAUCACAGGAUACACUGUCCAAAAGGCAGACAAAAAAACAAUGGAAUGGUAUACUGUUUUUGAUCACUAUCGACGUACUAAUUGUGUAGCAUCAGACUUGAUCAUGGGAAAUGAGUAUUAUUUCCGGAUCUUCACUGAAAAUGUGUGUGGAUUAAGCGAAAAUGCUGCGACCACCAAAAAUUCUGCCUUAAUUAAAAAAACAGGCACAGAUUAUAAACCCCCCAAGUACAAAGAGCAUGACUUCUCUGAAGCACCAAAAUUCACUCACCCACUUUCAGAUCGUUCAGUGAUUGCCGGGUACAAUGCUACACUCAGCUGUGCUGUAAGAGGAAGCCCAAAGCCAAAAAUCUUCUGGUUCAAAAACAAAAUGGACCUUUCUGGAGAUGCCAAAUACCGCAUGUUCAGUAAGCAUGGAGUGUUGACUUUGGAAAUCCGAAAGCCCAGCCCAUUUGAUGGAGGCCUUUACACUUGCAAGGCUGUGAAUGAAUGCGGUGAAGCUGAAAUAGAGUGCCGUCUGGAUGUCCGAGUGCCACAGUAGAAUUCUGAACUAUUGGUUGUCAUCACGUCCAGAUAUGGAGAUCAUAUUGGGAUCAUAGCAGAAAUGCGGAAGAGUGAAUAAAAG